AUGACUUAAUAAAAUAUAUGUAAUUUGUUAUCUGAUCUUAUCGUUAUCAGACGAAGACAUAUUAACUAACUAUUUAAUUAAUUAAGAAAAAAUUAAUAAAUUUAUAUACAAACUUAUAUUCAAAAAUUAAUUAACUCCUCAAUUAAUUUAAAAAAUCAAAUAAUUAACUAGAUAACUGCAAUAUAUAUUUAUCUAUCUAAUCUUCUGUCUAUCUAUCAUUCUAAGAAAACUAUUUUAAAACCAAUUAGUCAACUAUCAGUAAUAUUAGUUAGUUAAUUAGACAGCAAGAGAUAAAUAUUAUUUUCAAAAAAUAAAUAAAUAAAUUACUCAAUAUUUUUAAAAUUACAAAAAUCUACAUUUUUAUCUACUCAAAAGCAAAGAAUGAAUUUUUUUAAAUAUCUUUAAGCAGAUAUUUUUCAAGGAAUUUAGAAAUUAAAAAAAAUUGAUUAGGACUAAAAAAAGUAUUUUCAUUAAGCAAGAAAAUAUAUAAAUAAAUAAAUAAAAGAAAUAAAAGAAAUAAUAGUUAUGCAUUAAAAAAAUAAUUAGAUUAAUUAUAAAAAAUCCAUCAAAUAGAUCUAUUAAUAAAUAAUUAAGUAAGUAAGCCUUCAUAAAUUUGUGUAAUACUUAUUAUAAAAAAAUAAUUAACUUCUCAUUUUAUUUAUUUUUUUUCAUUUACUAAGUAAAUAAAUUAGUCUCCAACAAUUUUUGAGAUACUUAUUUAAAGAGCUAAUAUAAUUUAUUCACCCACCCUAUUGUCUUUUGUUUUCUUAAUUUUUAAAAUAUUUAUCAAUCUGUUAAUAUUAAUUAUAACGAUUUUGA